AGAAGCGGGGCGGCAGCGGGGAGAAGUGAAGUAAAAGUCGAAGGGAAGGGAAGGGAAGGGGGGGAUAUUGGACGCAUCGCCUCUGCUUUGUAGUCCUGCCAAUUCUGAACUUGGUGAGAGUUGCUUGUUUGGCACUGCUCCUGCUGUUACAACUUGGAAAGGUUCUGGGUCUCUGCACUUUAGGCCAUGGCGAGUCGGGCAGGCGCGGCUCGAUCCAAUGGACCAGCCACUGGAAACAAAAUCUGUCAAUUUAAGUUGGUUCUCCUGGGCGAGUCAGCAGUCGGGAAAUCCAGUCUUGUGUUGCGCUUUGUGAAAGGGCAGUUUCAUGAAUUCCAGGAAAGCACAAUUGGAGCUGCCUUUCUAACACAGACAGUCUGUUUGGAUGACACAACAGUUAAAUUUGAGAUCUGGGACACUGCUGGGCAAGAGAGAUAUCAUAGCUUGGCACCAAUGUACUACAGAGGAGCACAAGCUGCUAUUGUGGUCUACGACAUAACCAACACAGACACCUUUGCACGAGCCAAGAACUGGGUAAAAGAACUGCAGAGACAAGCUAGUCCAAACAUAGUGAUUGCAUUAGCUGGUAACAAGGCUGACCUUGCAAAUAAGAGAGCUGUGGAAUUUCAAGAAGCGCAAGCAUAUGCAGAAGACAACAGCUUGCUGUUCAUGGAGACAUCAGCAAAGACUGCAAUGAAUGUGAAUGAAAUAUUUAUGGCCAUAGCUAAAAAGCUGCCGAAGAAUGAACCUCAGAAUGCAGGUGGAACCUCAGGCCGAACCAGGGGCGUGGACCUCCAGGAGACCAGUCCGCAGAGUCGGAGCCAGUGCUGCAGUAAUUAAACUGGCAACUGGCAGGUCUCUUCACAGAAUCCCGACCGGAAUCCCCUUUACCACUCGCACUUACCGCAAGAGCGGCUGCAGGUCGCAUUGAUUCUUCGCACCACUCCAAUCAGAUGGGAGGAAAUUCGCAACACUUUCCAUAUAAAAAAUUUUAAGUCUUAAAUCACUUUUUAAUAUGAACCUUUUGCUCUUCCCUUCUAAUUCCGGUGGCGGACGCAUGUACCAGUUAUUUUGACCCAACUUUUUCUGGGCGAUUCCUUCAUUUUCAGACUCUGCAAUCUUGUAUAAUAUUCUGGAGAGAAAAGAUUUAAAAAAAAUAGAUUAGGUGUCUUUUUGUGAAACAUCUUCCUAAAGAACUACUCAUAUAGUACACAAACCAUCCAAUAAAUGUAACAAAUAUUAAUUUAACAUGGGAAUCAGCGGUUAAAUGCUCGUGGUUCUGACCAAAUCUCAAUUAUGAAUUUUGAAAAGGAUUUCUGUAUUUGUAAUGUAAGUUUUCUUUACCAUGUACUCAAUCAGUAGACCAUUAUGUCCAUACAGCACCUUCCAAUAUGCCUACUUUGCUCUUCCUCUUUGUGUUCAGAAAGCAUGGAGUUUUCCUUUGGUUUUUAGUGUAAUGCACUAUUCUGUUCAGAUGUUUUCAAUAACUUGUAAAUUUUGAUGUCCUUGAAAGUGAUGUGAUGUCACUAAUGUCGGUAAUUACAAUCUUACACUGCUCUGAUUUGUGGAGCUUGUUCAGUCUGCUAUGACUGUUGGCAGUGAAAGACCGAGCUUGCGUGUGUGAGGAGCACUAGUCUGUAUUACAAAAAAAAAUCUGUAAUUUGACAAAUAAAAAUAGCGGGAGGUAUCAAUUAAUUCCAGUUUGUAUUUGUUCUGUAAGGGUAAGAGUGUAUACAGCGUUUUAAUUACCGACCCCCUUAGUGUUGCAUUACACAAGUGGCAAUUAACCAACAGUAUCUUUUAUGUAUUGAAGUAUUAAUUUGACAACUUUACAAAUGCGUAUGGUGGAACUAAUUCUUAUAACAAUUUGAUAUAAAGUAUGCUUCAAGUACAGUAUUGCACACUGGAAAUGUUAAUAGCAUCUUCAGAUGUUGCUGCCAGCUAGCUUGAGAUAAAAUGCCUAAUGUGACAAGUUUUAGAAUGUAAAAGGGUGAGAAUGAUUUGGUUUUUUUAAAAAAAACUGGUAGUGAUAAUGAAAUUUCAUUGUUUUCCACGUGUGAUUUCAUUUUCACUAACUUCUAAGUACAAUGCAGGAUUCAUUCAGUGACUGGUACCUUGCAAUAAUAAUUGCAACAUAAUUUCAAUCUGUAGUUUUCAUCACUGUAUCCUACUGGUAUCAAAUGUGGACCUGUACACACUACUGUGCAACAGCCUUUUAACAUUCUGGAACUAAGGCACGUUUUGAUAGCUGAGCACUAGUGGUUUAGCAGCCCACAAAUUAGUGCUGAUUUAAUUCUAAUAAACUUAUCAACUUCAAAAAAAAAAA